GGUUUUUAUGCUUUUGGAAGUGGAACAUAAUUUAAUCUGUAUAUAAUGCUUCUGAACAAAUCGGGCUGCUUUUCGAUUUUUAGAGUUAUUCUUCAAUUUUAUUUCAGGACAUAACUUGGCAAGAUGAACACUCAGCUCCUUUCUCUUGGGAAACAAAGAGUCAGAUGGAGUUCAGUGUUGCAUCUCUGUCCAUACAAGAGCAAAGUGGUACCCAGUUGCCAAAUGAACAGAAGCCAGCAGUUAAAGCAGCGCCUGGUAUCCAAGUUCCUAAAUCUUCUCAGGCWAAUAAGACCCCUGGCUCUGAUGGGCUGCUAGCAUCCAGAAAAGAAGAGGAGUCCUCUUUCUGGAAGAUAAAUGCAGAGCGCUCGAAGAUUGAAGGAGACAAAUCCGAGUUCCAGUCAUUGACCCCCAGCCAGAUCAAGUCCAUGGAAAAAGGAGAGAAAUCCCUUCCCUCUUUCUACAGACAAGAGUCUGCUCCAAAGGAGGUGCCAAAAGCAGAGAAGCCGAGUGCAACUAGAGCAGAGAAGCCUGGCACCCCUGGGCUACCUUCUGCAUCUCUAGAAUGGGAAAAACCUCGACCCAGCCAGCUCCCUUCUAGUUCUCUAGAUGACUUCUUUCUUCCCGACCCACCACGGGACCUCGCUCCCACUAGGACAACCAGUGAAGAUAACGAUGGUAUUGCACCUACAGAUCCACACACUUCUGGACAGAGUAAUACAAGCACUGUUAUCUUGAAGACUGGCUUUGAUUUUCUAGACAACUGGUAAAAGAUACUUCAAAAUAGUUGAAACUAAUUUUGGAGAAGGAGUGGAGCAUUUUCUCCUUGUAUGUUAAUUUACUAGCAUCUGUGUCUUUUUCUAGCAGUAACUUUUAAAAUCUUAAAUGUUGCCUUUGUAUAAACUUUUGUAAUACCAGAUGCAUUUUUUUUUAAACAGUGAUAAAAGUGUGGUCUCAUUUGGAUUUUUUUUWAAAUAUCUGUUAUUUUUUGUAGUUAUUGUAUUGAGAAGAUGGAGGAAGUUAACAUAUAUAUGUUAAACAGACUUGAAAUGGAACUACAGGAACAAGUUGCUACUUUCAACUGAAAUCUUGCUGGCAUAAGCAAUAGCACACAACAUGCACUGGUUCCAAAUAAAGAAGUAAUUCUGUGCUUCAAGUAACUAGCAAAAAAAAAAAAAAAAAGAGGUGUGAAAAGUCAGCAUACGGAAGAGUUGAAGUAAUUUCUGUAUUUCCUUUAGUUUGAGAGUAAUUUUUGUACCACUUAUUUGCAAACACUUUUUUGAAGAGGACAAAGGCAUUGCCAAAACGACAGAUCCAAAGAAGCCCUGUGCUCAAACCCUACAUAUCUCAUGAAACACCCAGAAGGGUGGAGGAAAGCAACCAUGGGCAGGGGGGRAAAAAAAAGUGUUUCUUGUCUUUGGAUUAAAGAUUGGAAAGGUGGGGCGGGAACAAGGAGGGGGAGGAGGAAAACUCUUAAUGGAGGGGAGAAACUGUCUUCAGGGAACAUAAGCCUAAAGAUUUCCCUGCCUCCUUGCUGGAACAUACCUUUUCAUUAACAGUAGUGCUGGACAUGCACUGGAGAUAGCUAGAAUGCAGAUGACCUUGUUGAGGAAGGUCUGUGGCAGGGGGAGCAGUACRGGGCACUCUGGGUUUUAAGCAGCUUAUCCACUCAAGGACUCAUCACCUUUGGUGCUUUUUCUCCCGGUGGGUACGUUCCCUUCAGCAUUCCGGGUGUGGGCUCUAUGUGUUCCUGAGGUGCAGGGUGGCAUCUCCGAGCGGCCCUCGGCGGGCCUGCCUCCCCUUCUGCUUUUGAGUGGUCUUCGCUUGGUGUUUUCAGUGUAGAGCAGCAGACUAGAUGUCAUUUGAACGUGCCGUCCGGAAGUGCAGCAUGAUUUACACACUGACUCUCACUGUGUUUACCUCACUUGGAAGCCUUAAUUCUCCCUACGCACAACCAGAGAACGGUCUGCUCCAAUGCCAAAGGUCUGACCUUCCCCUUUACCUCGGCGUGCAGUAGUCCCGUAGCGUUUGUGUGAGGUAGAAGGCAAAACCCAGGGCUCUAAAUGGGUCUGAUGGGUCAAAGCCAAAGCUCUAAGAAGGUCACCCUUGACUAGACCUUGACUAGACCAUAAUUGUGCCAGGCUUCUCGUGCAUUAGCAUUUGGCGUGUGGUUAGCUGCCAAUGGCAGUUAAAUGUGCAGGGUUGGAUGCUGCAGAACUUUCUUCUGCGUCAUGCAGGCCUGUUACAGGAGAAGUCUUGCCUCAGAUGGGCGUUCUGCUUGCUUUGAAUAAGUGUUGUAUGCUGAUAGAGCACUAAACCUUAUUUCUYGAUCAACGAAAAAAAGCUAUAAGCUGACAAAAAUUAAAAAAAAAAAAACCUUUUUCCAGUAAGUGUUUUCUUAAAAGGUUUCUUAGCUAAAGAGGAAAAGCCACAGAGUAUAGGUCAUGGUCUAGCCUUAUUUAUAGAAUUCUGAAAGCUUCUUUACAUCCUUGCUGGGAUGUACAAACUACUGUAAUUCAUGGAUAUUGUCCCUGCAUUCAGCAGUCCAGAAAAUACUUCUGUUGUUUUCAUUGGCCUAAACUUGUCUUCUAUUUUUUCCUAACUGACCUUUUAGGAUUUGUUAMCGGCAUCCAGCAUUAAUACAGCUUAAAGCAGCUUUAGCCACAAAUUCCUUAGGUGUAAAAUUAGUUCUGACUUGCACCUUCUUUUCAAAGCUGUCGAAUGCUAACCCAGGGUUUUACAGUUACCAAUGAAUCUAAUUUUCUAGACAUUCACCUACCGAGAAGCUUUCAAUGUAAAGGUGUGCGUUCUAACCUUACUUCGACAUUUGUAGCUCUUAAAGCAAAGUCUCCUACUGUUGAGAAGUUUUCUUUUAAAUCUUUGCUAAACACAUUAAAACUCCUUAAAGAAGAACCUGGGCUGUGUGUGUCUCGCAUUGGCUGACUCUCCCCUAAUACACAUUGGGACCAGCUGGUAGAACAUGCUGCAGAACUUUCUACUUAUCCUCGUAGGUUUUUCCUGUGCUUUGA